AAAAGGGCAUGUUUGGAAAAGGUUGUGACAUACCAGAACAAUUGUUGGAUUUGUUAAUAUGGAGCAAACGGCAGCUGUAAAGCGACUCUAUGUUGGAGGACUUGGCCAUACGAUCUCAGAAGAGGAACUGCAGGAAAGAUUUGGCAAGUUUGGAAAAGUUACAGGAAUAGAAAUUGUGACUCGAAAAGAUGAACGAGGGAAUCCUACAAAAACCUUUGCAUAUAUUAAUGUCUCACUUUCAGAGAAAGAACUUAAAAAGUGUAUAUCCGUUUUGAAUAAGACAAAGUGGAAAGGUGGGAUACUACAAAUAGAAUUAGCCAAAGAGAGCUUUUUACACAGACUGUCUCGGGAGCGUCAAGAAGCAAGCUUAAAAAAGGAACAGCUAGCUAAUAAUGGCACAAUAGAUGUUGUAGAAUCUAUGAAAAAAUCUGGAGUUGUGGAUUUUCAUGUGAAAGCGGUACCAGGAACAGAAGUACCAGAUCAUAAGGACUGGGUUGUUAGUAAAUUUGGUCGAGUUUUACCGAUCCUCCACCUCAAAAAUCAACACAAAAACAAGAUCAUUAAGUAUGACCCUUCAAAAUAUUGCCACAAUCUUAAAAAACUGGAUCAAGAUCUUACUGAGCCCGUUCCCAUUUCCCAGCUCACUUGGCAUUUAGAAGAAGAGGGUGAUGGCAGCAUCAGUAAGAAACGACAAGGACACUUUCCUGUGACAAAGAAUCUGCCUAAAAAGAAAGUGAGAGUACAAGACCACAGCAGUUUAAGCAGGACAGAAUUGAAUUCAUGUGGCCAGUUUUCAUUGGGAGCAACAAACACCAUCCCAACAAAAUUGCAGCAAAGCCACACACCAAUCAGCAGAAAGCAGGAUAAGGUGCACUCUGAUGGUCAAAGGCCUGGGGCUAAUUUAACAUCUUGCAAGAAAAUAAACGGCCUGUCUGAAAGCGAUGUGGAUUCUGAAGAAGAAAUCAGAGCACUAGCAGCAAGGGAAAGGAACGUAAACGUAGUGAGCCCUAACGUUGAACAGGAAGAUAGCAUGGAAAUUGUUGGAGGCAACUUUGAGUUGAAAUAUAGCACUCACUGGUCUUUACAGAGAGCACACGGUGCCAAUGGUGUACUAAGGACCACUGAAAACAAAACUGACUAUGAUUCAGCUGACACAGAUGAAAUUAUAGCUGUGACUAAAACACCAAAAGGAAAGGAGAAAAAUGGAACUGUCAAGGAAGCUAAGACAGAUAGAGGGGGAAAGGAUGUGGGGCCAAGUUCUCAGUCAUCUGACUUAAACGGUGCAAGGUCAGGGAAACGAAAGGGAGGGGAAAGGGCCGUGUCCAAAAGGAGAGCAGAUUACAAGGCAGCUCCUAAACGGAAGAGCAGCACCGGUCGUGAGAGGUCUGAGGACAAUAAAAGUUCUGAUUCUUGUUUUGAUACCAGUGAGUCUGAAGGGGAUGAAAAUUAUGAGACUAUGAUGCAAAACUGUUAUCGACUAGAGAUCACAUUAGAGGACUUGGAAAGACUGGCCAGCAAAAACACUGAGAGUACAGAUCCAGAUCCUGAGAGCAACCCAAGUGGCGCUCAGGAUGAAGCCAGUGUAUUGCCGGUUAAUAACACCAGCAGCGUUCCAAAGACACCCGCAGUUACUCGUGUUGCAAAAAAAGGCAUCUGCCCGGAAGAAAUCAUUUCUUCCCUUUUAGAGGAAGAUUCUGAUGAGGAGACUCCAAAGAGGAAAAGGACAGCUUUCGAAAUUCAGCCUUUCAGAGGAAUUGGGUCACUUUGUGGCGAGCUGACAAAAGGUGAGCUCGGCAUACAAAAAAGUACAGAGAAGGAGGCUUCUUCCGAUCACACUGAUCUGGAAGCCUUUAGAAGGGCUUCAGACCCCUGGCGCUCAGGCGCAUCGGAGAAAAAGCAGGCUUUCAAAUCACUUUCAGUGAAAGAAAUUGACUCCCACAAAGGGAGUUCUACCGGAAGCUCAGGUGAGGGUUCUGGCUGCCACACAUCAAAGGAAGGAGACAGUAAGGUGGAAAGCACCGGUGCCAGCGUGGCUUCUCAAAAUGAGCCCUUGAAAAACCCCAAAUCUUUUCCCAAGAGCACAAAGUUAGAUGGCAGCGUUAAAGGUCAAGUGCAGAGCAACAACUCAAGGAGCUCUUGCGAAAGAGAAGAGGCCUCUUUGGAUUCUGCCAGAGCUACACACAAGCAGAAUAUGGAGGAGAAGCAACUGCAGGAUAAUCAAAAAAGGUUGAUCGCUCUCCAGGAGAGGCAAAAAGAACGAGAACAGCAGAAAAAGCUCAUUCAGGGAGCUCUAACGAGUCUGGAAAUUCAGUCAAGAAAUAAACAGAAACACAUAGUAUUUGAUUCAGACAGUGAAAAUGAAGCUGGAGUACAAGAGGUUGCCAGAGAAGGAAGCUCUAAAAAUCUUGGGAAAGAAUUCACCACUAAGACCUCUGGAAAGUUGUUUGAGAGCAGUGAGGAUGAAUCAAAUACUGAGAAUGAAGACGAUGACAGAUUCAGAAUCAAACCACAGUUUGAGGGUAAAUCUGGUGAAAAGCUUAUGCGUCUGCAGUCACAAUUUGGCACAGAUGAAAGGUUCCGUAUGGAUGCUCGCUUCCUUGAAAGUGACAGUGAACAAGAAGAAGAUGCAUCCAGGAAAUUGGAAGCAAAGGAAGAGGAAGAACUUGCUUUAGAAAAAAAGAAAAAUCUUGAGAUCUUGAAAAAUCUUGUGCAUAUUGGCGUAGAACCUCCAAAACCUAGCAAGCAGGCUGCAAGUGCCAGAAAAUUCAAAGAUAUGAAUGCCCUGCGCUAUGAUCCUACAAGGCAAGAUCAUGCAAUAUUUGAAAAAAAGCUAGAAACGUCUGAAAAGGAGAGUAAAGCUAAGAAGAAGAAGAGAGAGGAAGCUCAGAAAUUGCCUGAGGUGUCUAAAGAAAUAUUUUACGAUGUCUCUGUGGAUUUGAAAGAAGUAUUUGGAUCUACAAAACAUGAGGAGAAGACGGAAGUAUUGCCGUGGGAUAAGCGUGAUGAUGCGGAACAACAGAGCCCAGAUGGUAGAGAGGCAUUAAACUUUAGUGCUGGAAAUAACACACAGGAGGAAAGUGGCGGCUUCACAUUUUCCUUUUUUGGUGCUGAAGAGGAGAGACUGCCUGUGAAAGAAGAACCCUACACAACUGAAACAAUAAAGCCUGCAAGAGUUGCAUGGCAAGAAGAUCCACGGUUUCAGGACAGUAGUUCAGAGGAAGAGGAGGAGGAUGAACCAGAAAUAGUUCAAAGUGAAGAUGCUAAAGAAACGUCACCAGUUCAACCACGGUCCAGUGUUAGAUUUUUCUUCUUCUCCCAAGAUGAUGAUAGAUUGAAAGAGGGCCCAAAACUCUUCUGUAAAUCCUCAGACCUCGAUGAAGACAGAGAUGAUUGGGAAACCAGGCGCCAAAUGUUACUUGAGGAUUGUCGAAAGAAACAUAAAGAUGCAAGAAGGAAAGUUAAAGCAAAAUAAUGAAUCCAGUAAUUCUGCCAAGAAUCAAUAAUUGAAAAUGGUGGGCAUCCUUCCAUUCUACGUGGCAAGAAAUGCGUCUGUAGAUGAUUUGAUGCUGAACAUACACAACUCUGUGAAAUGAGAAGAGGUUUGUGACUUGCAAAGAUUUUAAUACUUCCUCCUUUGGACAGCAUGGAUGCCUGCAUUGUAUAUUACGGACAUCUUAAAUUUUAAAAGAGCAUGCAUUUAUAGUUUGAAGAAAAAAUCUUUAAGCUAGAAAGAAAUCUGUUAUAUUAAGCCCUAUCUUUGUGUACUUGUAGGUAUGUGGAACAAAUUUUGAUAUACAGCUGGAUAAAACAAUGUUUAUGUAUACAAUUGUACAGAUCAUUUCGUCUACCAUAUGUAUUUGUUUCAAACUGUUAUUUCUUGAUGCUUUUUUCUUACAUUGAAUUAAUUUCUAUGUCUUGAAAAACAGUCCGAACUUCUAUGUCAUUACAGUCAUAUUAUUUAACAAGAAGCAGGGCUUACCAAACUCAGUAGGGUUUGUAAUAAAUAUAUCUCAGAUGGAACUGCUUGGUGACAGUACAAAGCCAUUAAAACAAGCAUUUUCCUUGAUUCAGUCGGGAUGUGCAUUACAAUUUUAGAUGGAAUUCAGUUGUGGGUGUACAGGUAGCAAGUGAGGCUAAAUUCUUUAUUGCCUUGGGUGGUUUGACUAGUUUUAGAUGUUAAAAUUUCAGUUUCUAUUGUAAAAUAAAACUGUACAUUGUUUUUAUGAUGAAAAGAAAAAUCAACUAACAUCAAAUAUGUUAAUGACUGAAGACUUUAAAAAUGCAAAUAGAUGAUUUUGUAUUUUCUAUAA